AUGAUGAGAAUGAAGGUGAGGAAAAUGGGGGUGGGAUUGAUGCAAUCAUCUACACAACCAUUCCUAGCUCAGAGUAGGACCGCUCUUCAUAUAAAUCAGGACUGUUCAUAUAGAAUGCCAUCAGCAAUUCCUGAUCCGCCUGAAGACGAUGAAGAACCAUUCGUUGAGGUUGAUCCAACGGGCAGGUUUGGGAGGUACAGUGAUCUGCUGGGCAGUGGUGCUGUGAAGAAGGUUUAUCGAGCAUUUGAUCAACGUGAAGGAAUUGACGUGGCCUGGAACCAGGUUCGACUCAGGAACUUCAGCAGUGAUCCAUCUGUUAUAAUUAGACUUCACUCGGAGAUCGAGUUGCUAAAGACAUUGAAGCAUGAUAACAUCAUUGUUCUCUACCAUUUUUGGAAAGAUGUAGACAAAAAUACUCUGAAUUUUAUCACCGAGGCAUGUGAAUCUAAUCUGAGGGAGUACAGGAAGAAGCAUCGCCAUGUAUCCAUCAAGGCAAUCAAGAAAUGGUCGAGGCAAAUUCUCAAGGGCUUAGACUAUCUCCAUACUCAUGAGCCCUGCAUCAUUCAUAGAGAUUUGAAUUGCAGUAAUAUUUUCAUCAACGGGAAUGUCGGAAAGGUCAAGAUUGGAGAUUUAGGGUUGGCAACGAUAGUUGGAAAGAGUCAUGCUGCACAUUCACUAUUGGGUACACCAGAGUACAUGGCACCUGAACUUUAUGAGGAGAAUUACACAGAAUUAGUAGACAUAUAUUCUUUUGGAAUGUGUUUACUUGAAAUGGACACAUUGGAAAUACCAUAUAGUGAAUGUGACAACCUUGCGAAGAUAUACAAGAAGGUUACUAGUGGGGUGAUGCCUCAAGCCAUGAAGAAAGUGAGUGAUCCAGAAUUGAAGGCAUUCAUUGAAAGAUGCAUUGGGCAGCCAAGAAUGAGACCCUCAGCUUCUCAACUUCUCCUGGACUCUUUUCUUUCUGAUGGGAUUGACUUAGAUGAGAAUGAUCUUUAA